AUGAAGAUACCAUGUUCCAUGUCUUGUUAUAAUCUCACAAAAACACUAGAAAAUUCCAACAGUUUGUACAUUCCAAAGCUUCUUGUUGCAAAGGAAUCUCCGUCUUGUUACCUUUUAAAUUCAAACUCAAAACACACAAAUUCUUCCCUGAUCUUCAAGCACAGAACAAUGAGUAACCAAAAAACACUUCAAGACUUUUUUGUGCAAGAAAAGCCUCAUUUUUCAACACCAUCUUCUUCACCUACAUCAGGAAAUGAAGAAAUUCUCUCUACUGUUUCAUAUUGCACUUUUGUUUUCACUUUCACUGACCCUUUAGAGUCUCCUGCACAAAGAGACUCUAAAAGACUUCAACUCUCAAGACUCAUAGCUAUGCUGAAAACCUCCAAAAAACCAGUUCAUGAGAAAGUUAUUGGACCUUUAGUAUUAAUGAUCAAAGCCAAUCUUUUUAGGCCACUCCCUCCUCCUACAAAUCCUUCUGCUAUAUCAGAAUAUCUCGACGAAGAGGAUCCUAUUUCCAUACCUUCCCCUUUAUGGUCACAUCUACAAAUAGUAUACGAAAUUCUCCUAAGGCUAGUUAACAGCACUGACACCAAAAUACUUAGAAACUAUAUCGACCAUUCGUUUCUCCUUAAUCUUCUAUCGCUUUUCCAAUCCGAAGAUCCGAGGGAACGCGAGAGUUUGAAAAACGUGUACCACAAGAUAUAUUCUAAGCUGGUUUGCGACCGUUCCGCCAUGAGGAAAUCCAUGACAGAUGUUUUGUUGAACUAUGUUUUUGAGACAGAAAAACAUUCUGGUAUUGCAGAUUUGCUUGAGAUAUGGGGAACUAUAGUUAACGGCUUUACCGUGCCACUCAAGGAAGAGCACAAGUUGUUUCUUAUGAGAGUGUUGAUUCCUUUACAUAAGACCAAAGGGAUGCAAGUGUAUCAUAGACAACUUGCUUAUUGUAUAUCACAGUUUGUGCAGAAGGAACCUAUGCUUGGAGGUGUUGUUGUUAGAGGAAUUUUGAGGUAUUGGCCUGUUACAAAUUGUCAGAAGGAGAUUCUUUUGAUCGGAGAGUUGGAAGAUUUGGUUGAGAAUUUGGAUCCUGAUCAGUAUCGUAAGUUGGCGUUGCCGAUAUGUACUCAGAUUACAAAAUGCAUCAACAGUUGGAAUUCUCAGGUAGCUGAGAGGGCAUUGUACGUGUGGAACAAUGAACAGUUCUACAAGAUGGCAACAACAGGAACAGUUGAAGUGCUUCCAGUGAUAGUAGAAGGUGUGGAAAAGAAUCUGAAGUUGCAUUGGAGCAAGAGUGUUAGGCAGUUAACAGAAAGUGUGAAGGUGGUUGUGGAAGAUAUUGAUCCAGAUUUAUAUGCAAAGGCUCAAAUGGAUAUGAAAGUUAAAGAAUCAGUGGCACAUCAAGAAGAUAUGAAGAGAAAAAAGAGAUGGGAGAGAAUUGAAUUGGCUGCUUCUAAGAAUCAGUUUGUUAAUCCACAAAGAUAUAUUUGUGUUUCCCACUGA